CCGAAACAUCCGCUGUAUGAUGUCAGUUCGAGAGCAAACAUGGUAGCCGAUAUCGAAGUUAUACUGUGGCUGCCAAAAGUGCCAAACGUGGGGCACCUGUCCCUGGAACUAUCCGAUGGCUUCUACAUCAGUUUCUGGCCGGAAAAAGAGUCGCGUUGGAAGAAAACCAGCAGAGGAAACACCUACGAAGAUGACCGCCGAGCAGAGGGCCGCGGACCAGACGAAGUUCUCUACCUGCCUCCCGAAAUCGUGGAUCAAGAGAAGAUAAAACGCUGGUGGAAUAGAGUUAUGGACGACAAGGAAUACAACCUCAUGUUGAAUAAUUGUUCUUCUGUGGUGAGGGAGGCACUGAGGAAGGGGGGAAUCUACGAGGAUCCCGUCCUGAAAGGUUUGGAUGCCGUCGGUCGACCACUAGACACUCCUUCCGCUGUUUUUACUUGGGCAGGGGCGUGCAAGGACCUCUAUCUGGGAAAACCCGAGACGGCCGUAAAUGAAUAA